AUGGCUGACGAGAACAAAGAUGAGCGAUAUGAGCUACAGCUGAUCGAAGAGAACUCGCUGGAUAACUGGUUGCGGUACUAUUGGUAUAAGCAAUCAGCGGAAGGGAAGGUUUGUGUGUUGAGACGAAGUGUCCGGGCAUUACCGAGGAGCUAUAAGCUGUGGUGCCUGUACUUGGACCAUCUUGUUGAGGUUGUCGGCCCACUGUGUCCAGUGCAGUACUCUGAGGAGUAUGGCAAGGUUUGCAAGGAGUUUGAGCUCUGUUUGAGACUGCUGAACAAGCUGCCGUUGAUCUGGGUGAGGUACUUGGAGUUUGCCAUGUCGAUGGCAGAGGUUACGUGGAUAAGGAGACUGUUCAACAGGGCCUUGAGGACUUUGCCGUUGACACAGCACCACCUGAUCUGGCCCGUGUUUCUGAGGUUUGCCGACGAGGUUGGUGGAUUGACAGGUGGGCUGAUAUACCACCGGUACUAUACCUAUGAUCCUUCACAGUUGGAGCUGGUUGUGGAGAAGCUACAAGCAUUUAAACAGUUGUCUCUGGCAGCACCACUGUUUGAAACGUUGAUCAACGACGAUUCGUAUGUCUCAAACCUGGGUAAAUCGCCAUUGGACUUAUGGCUGGAGUACUUUUCACUGCUGACAGAGACAUCAACACAGGCAAAAGUCGAUCAGAUUGUAUCAUUUGCGCUGGUCAAGUUCCCAGACCAACAGGGGAAACUAUUUGUACAGUGGGCAAUGUAUUACAUCAAACUGAGAGACUAUACCAGAGCUUCGAUCAUCUUCGAGGAUGCUCUGAAACAGGUAUCGACUAUAAAAGAUUUCACAAUGAUCUAUGACUCUUUUGCUCAGUUUCAAGAUAAGAGGUUAUCCAAACUCGUCGCCUCUGACGACUCAGAUCCUCAAGAGUUGGACUAUAGAAUCGCAUGCUUUGAGAAGCUGAUGGACUCCCGGGAGAAUCUGUUGGAUGAUGUUAAGAUACGUCAAGACGUGAACAACGUUGAUAAUUGGCUCCACAAGGCCUCGUUGACCACUGACCUGAGAUCCAAGAUUCAAAUCUAUGUCGAUGCACUGACAAAGAUAGACCCACAGAGAGCAACAAGUGGAUUAUCAAAGAUCUGGAUAAGUUAUGCAACGAUUUACGAGGAGAACAAUGAUUUAGAAACAGCAAAGACGAUCUUGGACAAGGCUGUGAAGGUCAAAUUCAACUCCCCUGAUGAAUUAAGUGAGGUUUGGAUCCACUGGUCAGAAUUAGAAUUAUCUCAGGAUGAUUUACCAAUGGCUAUAAAGGUCAUGGAGGUUGCAACGAGGUUGAACCCCAAGAUUCCACAACUCUGGGGCUUUUAUCUGGAUUUGGUAGAAUCUACAAGCGACGUUGAAGCAACGUGUGCCAUCUAUGAGCAACUGUUCACUAACAAGAUGGCCACCCCAUUACAUGUGAUAAACUAUGCAAAUUUCCUCGAAGAGAAUAAGUUCUUCGAAAGAGCACUAAGUGUUUAUGCUAAAGGUGUUACACUGUUUAAAUAUCCAGUUGUUUUCGAAAUCUGGAACAUUUAUCUCACAAAGGCUAUACAGAGACAGUUGAGCCUUGAAAGAAUGAGAGAUUUAUUCGACCAGUCGUUAGAUGCAUGCCCUGAGGCAAAGGACUUGUAUGUGCUAUAUUCAAAGUACGAGGAGGAGAACGGUUCAAUACAGAGAAGCUUGAAGAUCAUUAACAACUCCCUGGAAAAUGUCAAGGGCUGGGAUGAUAAGCUCGCGUUGUUCAAGUUGGCAAUUCAACUAUGUAGGGAUAAAUUUGGUGUCCCUACAACCCGUGAAUGGUUUACGAAGGCUGUGGAAUCUUUACCACCUUCAAAGUGCAUUGAGGUCGUUAUAGAAUUUGCCAAAUUUGAAACAUCACUUCAUGAGCUGGCCAGAGCUCGUCAUAUAUUGCAACAUGGUGCCAUGUUGCAAUCUGUGGAUAAGUCUAAGGAUCUCUGGGAGUAUUGGAACGAUCUUGAGAUUACAAACGGUGAUAAACAGACGUUUAAAGAGAUGCUACAAUGGAAAAGACGUGCCACUGAUGAAUUUGGAUUGAGUCGGGAAACCAAGGGAUUCAUCAACGAUGGUAGAGUCAACGAGAAUAAGCCGGAGGAUGAACAAGCCCAACAGAGCGUGGAGAAUCCAGAUGCUAUUGAUAUAUAUAUCUAG